GCAUUCGCAAAAAAACCUUCGCCAAAAAAGAAAAAAAAACAACAAGUUAGUCUGCUGCUGCAGUCGCUGCUUUUAAAAUGUUCCUGGUGCCAUGGACGAGAAUUUAAACAGCGUGUGUGAUUGGAUCCUCGAUUCAGUGCACCGGACGUCUGUUUUUGCGAUUAUCCGCUCCGUGAUUUGGUGGAAGUGCAGCAACUCGUGAAAGCGACGACGGCGACGAUUCUUCUCCGAGAACCAUGGCUCUGUUUGGCGUGCAGAUUGUCAUAACCAUGAUUAUGGCGAGCGUCCUGCAAAAGCUGUCAUACCAGUUUUCUUUUUCAAGGUGGAUCAUCUGCAAGAGACUUGUUCGCUACCUGCAUCCAACAGACGAGGAGCUCAAGUCUCUGGCCGGGAUUUUGGGCAAGCCGCACAAAGGGAAAGGCAAGAGGGACAAGUGGCGCGACCGCGGCCGCAAUGGCACCCUGAAUGAGGACAAGGACUACCAGGAGUUCCUGGUGCCCAAGAGCCUGCAGUUUGAGCUGGAUGUGGCCCCCAUCAGCAUCGGGGAGGCCAUCCAGCUGCGCUUCUACUCAGACUAUCAGUGGCUGCUGGACUUUGCGGGCUGCGCCGUUGUGGUGUAUGCCCUGACCGAGGCCUACUACCACUUCCUGCCCGGCAGGGAGGAGGUGAACCUCAGCCUCGUCUGGUGCCUCCUUGUCCUCGGCUUCGCCACCAAGGUGCUGUUCUCUCUGACGGCCCUGUACUUCCGGGGGGAGGAGCCCGUGGGGGAGCGGUCCCUCUGCCUAGUCUCGGGGCUCUCCUUCUUCGUUCUGGCCAUGGUCGUGCUCAUUGCAGACGAGGACUUUCUUGAGUUUGGCCUCAGGGAUGCAUACCUAAGCUUCAAUGAAAGUUCACACCAGUUUCUGGAGAUUCAGGGGCUCAGUUCAAGUGGCCCCACCUCCCAGCUGAUGUUCAAGUUGGGCCUGGCCGUGUGGUGCGGCUUUGUCGGUGCCUUCUUUACCUUCCCGGGGCUACGGUAUGCCAGAAUGCACUGGGACUCCUUCAAGUACUGCGAGGGACAGCCUUUCCUCAAAAUGGUGCUUCAUCUGAGCUUCGUGUCACCUCUAUUUGUGGUGCUGUUCUGGGUGAAGCCCAUUGCGCGGGAGUACUUCACCGAGCGGUCCUUUCCGGGCAUGAGGGGAAACCUGAUGAGCGGGGAGGCCUUUGAGACGACGCGCAUCCUGCUGGUGCUGGGGGUGGUGUUGCUACGGCUGCUGCUGAUGCCCCGCUACCUGCAGUCCUACCUCAACCUGGCCCCCGAGCGGAUGGCCGACAUGCGCAAGGAGGCCGGGAACAUCUCCAACGUCGAGCUACAGCGAAAGGUGGUGCGGGUGUUCUACUACCUGUGCGUCGUGGCGCUGCAGUACGUGGCCCCUCUGCUCACGUGUGCCUUCACCGCCCUCCUGCUCAAGACGCUAGGCAACCACAGUUGGACGUCGUACUUCUGGCCUAGUGGAGAACAGGGUAGGGCCACCUUCGUCGCACCAAUGCCGGCAGCACGGUCGGCGGAGAGCUCGGCAGAGUCCAUCCUGUCGACGAGUCAGCAAUUCUCGCUGACGCUGGCAGGGCUGCGCAGCGUCUUCACGCCAGUGCUCUUCAAGGGGGUGCUCAGCUUCAUGACGUGGUGGCUGUGUGCCGUAUCGUUCGCCACGAGCGUCGUCGGACUCGUGUACCACUCGUACGCCCUCAAGGCUUAGUUUUGCAAGCUGCCGAUGAGAUGGACAGAAGUGUAUGCCACGCUACCGGACUACGUUGGGAGCCCGAAAUGUUGCUUUUGAACGUAGGAUUUCUAAUAGGUUUAAACGACGUCGGCGUAAUUUAACUGGCGAGAGUAUUGAAGGACCGUGCUCGAAAUUUGCCCAGUGCCAUCACGUUUCACCUUCGGUUCGGACUGGCAGCUCACCAUCACCCACCGGCCGUGGUGAAAGUGCGCGUGGUGCCGGGUUUAUCUCCGACCGGAUAUGAACUGCCACCUGCUUUGUCGGUGAGAUGUCAGAACACGGAAUGUUUCAAAAUAUUCUUUUAUAGGUAAUCGAACGGUACAGGGAUGUGCAACCCUUUCCGAGCUCAAAGAUUGAAUUUCUUCAUCUAUUGUGCUACGGGGCUAUGCGUGACUUUGGCCGCAUCGCUGGUAUGCGAAAGGAAAACUAGGGCGAUAUCAGGGACCGAACCAUGUUGGCAUAAACGGUUUGGUUCCAAACGAUUUGCCGAUGCCGCCGUGCAUGCACGUGUGAAUCAUUGACGACUUUGGUCACCUUUUUUUUUCUAUUUGGGCUUCUGGAGCUGAAUGUGAUGGUGACUCGUUUGCUUAGGACAGCGGAAGGCGAUUUCCCGUUCUCGUAGCCUUUACUUCAUUUGGGAGGUUGAAACUAGUCCUUUGAGGGUGGCUCACAGUGGCAACCGAUUGCAAAUGCUCUAAACUACAUGUGCAGUUCACUCAAGCCGUGCUCACUACCCGCCACGGCUGCCGCGCGCAGUUGGCAGUUUCCAUAAAAAGCUUGUCUUUCAUAAUUACUGUGCAUUGCAGGACAAGAACUAUACUUACACAUUGUACUGGAGGUCUGCUAAACACAGUAUGCUAAGACAACCUCUUCAGUUUAGCAGCUCAUGCCAAACGAGAUGAAUAUUUUAUGUGGGAGCCUCGUAGCCAUUUCUGAUUGGUGACACAUUUCUUUGUUUGAAUCUCGCCAUAAUGUUGAUGUCCAGACUUCAUAAGGAACUCUCAUGCAAAACAUUGUUUGAGCCACAUGGCAGCACAUGCCACGAGAAAUGCACAGGCCUUGGAAUACGAGGUAAAUUUCUUUAUGAUGACUGGUUUCGGUUGACAAUGCAAUAGCAUAUUUUAAUUCCCCAUGUGACAUGGGUAAUAAAUGAUGUAGUAGUUUGUUUAGAAUAAUUCUUUCUGUAGGUUUGAGUAAACUUCAUAUUUUCCAAUGUCAGAAAACAAAAGAAGUGAUUCCUUAUAGGUGUGCAGGGGCCUGGGGAUUUUUGAAGGAAAGCCUUUAGGAUUUUAGCGAGGGUUGUCUCGCUUGUUUGGGGCAUCUCUUUCAAAUAGAUUUCUUGCUCCUGGGAAUGUCUGCUAGGGCUGGCAUCGGGUGAAAGUUACUAAUGUUUCGCAUCACGGGCAUCGGCAUGUCUAAUGGUACGCCCAUGGCUGUGCCACCUCCUCUUUGGGGUGGUACAAGAGAGCAGGGUUCGAUGGUUUGCAAGCAUGGCUCUGCCAACCACAGUUUUGCAACUAUCAAAACUUAUAUUAAUACCCACUGGAUAGUUCUGUUUUCUUUUGCUGCUAUAUACUUAAAACAAAUUUAAGAGGCAAGACAGAUGUUGUGUCAUGUAUCCUAUGCAAGUGAAGUGGCCAUGCUAUGACGUCUCCUGGUAUUUGGUAUUGAUUUCAGGUUCUUCAGUUCAUUUGACCGUAGUGUUACUGGUUGAACCGUGGAAAUUGACAUACUUCUUGUAAUCCUCGUGGAACUUUCAACAGAGGGUGGGUCACAGCUGUUUGCAUAGUGCACCAUUUGCUGAAGUGGUGAGCAGAAAACAGUUUUCGAGGAUAUUCAGGAGGGAAACUGGUGUGACCUGGCUCAAAGACUUGACAAUUCAUGACAGUAUGAGAAGGUACCAGUUGUGACCAUCUUCAGCCACUAGCACCAUUCACUAUGCCAUUUUUUACCGAAGCUUAUGGAAACUUGUCUUCUAUUCCACAUGGCUGUUGCAUUAGGAGGUGAGUUCUGGAUAGCCUUUCUUUGCAUUUUGUCUGUGAGCAUUGUAGAAAUAUUCAGCUUUUGUGUUGGAAGUACAGUUUGGGUUAGGAAAUGGUUAUUGCAACAUGUUUUCGGUUCUGGCAAAGCAAGUUUUACGGAUUGUCUAGCUAAUGUUGGAUUUUGUGCAUUGAGGUGGUUCGGUAUGGAUCCCACACACUUACAAAAACAGUUUUUCAAUUGUGCGCAUGUGUAAAUAUCGGAGUUUAUACACAGUUUUACAUUUUGUAUUUAUUAGUAUGCAUAUGAGAUUCAAAGGAAUGCUGGGCACUUGUGGUAGUAUUAAUUUUGAAGAUCUGUAUUGGGAAGCAGUACAAAUAGCAAAAUAAAAGCAUUUUCUGGCUUCUUAAA